AUGCAUUUCUCAAAGAUGUUGGAAAGACUUCUCAAACUAGCGGUACCAAACCAUUUAAUUUGGCUCAUAUUCUUCUACUGGUUUUUCCACUCUUGUCUCAACACAAUCGCAGAAAUUUUGCGCUUUUCUGAUCGAGAAUUCUAUAAGGACUGGUGGAACUCAGAAUCUGUAAACUAUUUCUGGAAGAACUGGAAUAUGCCGGUCCACAAGUGGUGUGUCCGACACCUGUAUAAACCGCUCAUUAAUCGAGGUGUGAAUAAAUUUCACGCAUCGGUUAUGGUGUUCAUGUUGUCGGCCUUCUUUCACGAGUACUUAGUGUCUGUGCCCUUAUCUAUGUUCCGAUUGUGGGCCUUCUUCGGGAUGCUAUCGCAGAUCCCAUUCUCGAUGUUUGUGUCCAAAUACCUCAACAACCAAACCGCCAACUUUGCCGUUUGGAUCUCCUUAAUCAUAGGACAACCACUUUGUAUCUUAAUGUAUUACCACGACUACUAUGUGAUCCAUCACUUGAAUAAGACAUCGUGACCACUAUUCCUAUCAUAGCAUUUGCUCAAUAAAUAUCAAACCAAUCCGAUGUCUAGUCGAUAGUAAACCUAUUUUGUUCAAUAAGUGCCC